GAAAAGGCCCCUUUCCGCCGCGGGCCGCUUUUCUGCCCGCAAACCUUUCUCCGUUUAUUGGGGGGCCGGCGGCCGCGGGCCCCGCCCCUUCCGCCUUCUGGGGCUCUCGGACUCCGCCCGGCCGCGCCAUGGCUCCGCUACGCUUCUCCGCCAACCUGUCCUGGCUGUUCCCCGAGCUCCCCGGCCUUCCCGAGCGGUUGCAGGCCGCGAGCCGCGCGGGCUUCGAGGCCGCCGAGGUGGCCUGGCCGUACGCGGAGCCGCCCGAGGCGCUGGCGCAGGCGGCGCGGGCGGCAGGGCUGCGGCUGGUGCUGAUCAACACGCCGCCGGGAGACCAAGAGAAGGGGGAGAUGGGGCUGGGGGCCGUGCCCGGGAGACAGGCGGCCUUCCGAGAGGGGCUGGAGAAGGCGGUGCUGUACGCCAAGACUCUGGGCUGCCCCAGGAUCCACCUGAUGGCUGGCCGGGUACCCCAGGGAGCUGAUGGAGCAGCAGUCAGGGGUGAGAUGGAGACAGUUUUCCUGGAGAACUUGAGGCACGCAGCUGGGGUUUUGGCUCAGGAGAACCUCGUGGGACUACUGGAGCCCAUUAACACCCGAGUCACUGACCCCCGGUACUUCCUGGACACACCCCAGCAGGCGGCAGCCAUCUUGCAGAAGGUUGGAAGACCCAACCUCCAGUUACAGAUGGACAUAUUCCACUGGCAGAUCAUGGAUGGGAACCUGACUGGAAACAUCCGGGCGUUCUUGCCCAUUGUUGGGCAUGUGCAGGUAGCACAGGUCCCAGGCCGAGGGGAACCAGGCAGCCCCGGGGAGCUGUGCUUCCCCUACCUCUUCCAGCUGCUGGAAGACGAGGGCUACCAAGGCUUUGUGGGCUGCGAGUACCGGCCUCAAGGAGACACAGUGGAGGGCCUGAGUUGGCUCCGCUCAUACUGGGACAGGCGGGGCCACCCACGGGCUGGCCAGUGAGGUCCUGCAUACCACCCACAUGCCUCUGGGACAGUGACUGAGCCUCUGCAUCUCCUCUGAAUUAAAGACAACUUGCUGAA